AUUCAACACUCAUACCGCGAAGGCGCGCGCGACAGUCGCCUAGCUAUCGCAAUUAUUUUUGUUUAUUUAUUAUUUUUAUUAUUAGUGUUGUGAUUACCGGCGGUAUUCUACUGCAUUUUUUUAACACAAUGUUGUGAUUAUAUGAUCUCAGUUUACUGUGAUAGUGCUGCAAGUUUUGUGCAAAAGUUUUAAAGUUUGAAAGUGUAGUGUUUGAAGUGUUUGUAAACAGGAUGAAACUGAGUAAUGCUGACGCUGCACCACUGUAUAGCCAUGAUGAUGGCCUGGACAUGGAUACUGACGAUGACGUAUACCGAGGAAACGCGCUGGAUGACAUGCCUCCCAUGACUGAGACGCUCCUCGAAGGCGCCAUGGGCACCUGCUCCAACGAAAUCGGCGACAUGACCUUCUGCAUGGGCAAUUACAUCACCGACUUCAUGAAGAUGAUGUUCACAAUGAGGUCGCACCACAUGCUCACAGACGUCGUGCUAGAAGUCGGGAACGAGCUUUUUCAUGUCCACAAAGUUGUGCUAGCAGCCGGCAGUCCAUAUUUUAAGGCAAUGUUCACGAGCGGGCUCAAGGAAAGCGAGAUGUCCAGGGUCCGACUCCAGGGCGUCUGUCCAUCAGCGAUGGCGUGGCUCGUCUACUUCAUGUACACCGGCAAAGUCCGCAUCACGGAGGUGACGGUCUGCCAACUCCUGCCCGCCGCCACUAUGUUCCAGAUAUCUAACGUGAUCGAGGCUUGCUGCGCGUUCCUGGAGCGCCAGCUGGAUCCGUCCAACGCGAUUGGAAUCGCCAACUUUGCUGAGCAGCAUGCAUGCGCCGAACUCAAGCAGAAGGCCAACCAAUUCAUCGAGAGGCAUUUCACGCAAAUUUGUCAAGAAGAAGAAUUUCUGCAACUGACAUUACAAGAACUUAUAGCACUCAUACGGAAAGACGAAUUAAACGUUAGAGAAGAAAGAGAAGUCUACAAUGCAGUUCUAAAUUGGGUAAAGUACGACGAAGACAGAAGGCAUGGACGAAUGGAGCACAUCCUACAAGCGGUGCGAUGCCAGUACCUCACGCCCAGCUUCCUCAAGGAACAGAUGAGCACGUGUCAAGUGUUAAGGAAAGUGCCCGCCUGUAGGGAGUACCUCGCGAAAAUAUUUAAGGAUCUCACACUACACAAGAAGCCCGUCGUGAAGGAGCGGCGGCCGAACACGCCGCGCAUCAUCUACGUGGCGGGCGGCUACUUCCGCCACUCCAUCGGGGUGUUCGAGGCCUUCAACAUCGACGACAACUGCUGGACCGCGCUGCCGCAGCUGACGGUGCCGCGCUCCGGCCUCGGCGCCGCCUUCCUCAAGGGCCUAUUCUACGCGGUGGGCGGUCGCAACACGUCGCCGGGCUCGUCGUACGACAGCGACUGGGUGGACGUGUACAACCCCGCCACCGACCUCUGGCGGCCCUGCAGCCCAAUGUCCACGCCACGACAUAGGGUAGGAGUAGCUGUAAUGGACGGAUUAUUAUACGCAGUUGGAGGCUCAUCAGGUUCAGACUAUCACAAAUCAGUAGAAUACUACGACCCGGAACGCGAUACGUGGACACCAGUAGCGCCAAUGGGUUGCGCGCGACUCGGGGUAGGCGUAGCGGUUGUCAACCGCUUGCUGUACGCAGUCGGCGGCUUCGACGGCGCCGGCCGCGUGCGCUCGGUCGAAUGCUACCACCCCGAGAACAACUGCUGGACCGAGGUCGCGCCUAUGAGUCAAGCCCGCAGCGGUGCCGGCGUAGCAGCGCUAAACCAGUACAUCUACGUGGUGGGCGGCUAUGACGGCUCGCAGCAACUCGCGUCGGUGGAGCGAUACGACACAGAACGUAACGUGUGGGAGCCCGUCGCGGCCGUCAAUAUCGCGCGCUCGGCGCUCUCGCUCACCGUGCUGGACAACAAGCUUUACGCUAUGGGCGGCUACGACGGCACGUCGUUCCUGAACAUCGUGGAGGUGUACGAGCCGUGCGCGGACGCGUGGCGGCCCGGCACGCCGCUGCCCUCCGCGCGCUCCGGUCACGCCUCCGCCGUCUGCUACCAGCACGUGGCACCGCCCGAAGGCGUCGACGCGCAGCCCGCAGUUUUGCGCCGACGCUCGCGCCGCCCCGACCACGCCUCCACCUCGCGCGCCGACGACAUCCCGUCCGCCAACAACAUCAUCCCUACGCUGUCCCACAACAACUUAUAGCACACGCCCUGUAUACAGCGACGGUUAAUCACAGCUGAAACUCAUUCCAGCUACGGUGCAAACAGCGAGACCUCCCGGUGGAAAUUGUUCAGUAUACCUAAGUGUGCUGACGAUUAUGCUAUAUGGAUCAUUAACGCAUAAUUCACCGUUUCCUGGCGUGCAGAAGCUUCAACCUCCUCCCACAUCUUAUAGCACAUGCCCUAUGUAAAGUGACGGUUGAUCACACCUGAAACUCUCAGGUAUGGUGUACAUAACACAGGUGGAAAUCUAACAUGCCUCAGCCGGAGAUACGUGCUGCCGAUUAUGCUAUGGAUCAUUAUAGCACCGUUUUGUGGAGCGCAGAAGAUUCACCGCCUCCCACAACAUCUUAAAGCACACGUCCCGCACUGACGCCUGUCUCAGGAAUAGUGCACACAGCGUAAACUCCCAUCCCAGCUACGGUGCAAACAGGGAGCCUUCCUGGUGGGAAUUGUCCAAUGUACCUCAGUGUGCUGACGAUUUUGCUAUGGAUCAUUAAUAGAAGCUUGAACUCGCAUCACACAAAAUCUUAUAGCAAUGACCCAGAAGCCAAGGUAAGUGGGAGGUGGAAAUUAUCCAAUAUACCUCACCCAUAGGUAUAUGCUGAAGACUAUAUUAUCCAGCAUGAUGCGCAGAAGAUUCAACAUUGCACUAACAACGCUAUCCAGCGUAUUUUAUGACGCUGCAAUAGAUAUUCAAUUAGAAUCUACCUUCUGCUUAUUUAAUAGAACACCCGUAUUCACAAACAAUGCUUGCUUAAGUGAAGCAGCAAAUCAAACGCACAGCGUUGAAUAGAGCUCUAUGAUUGGUUCGUAUGUCCCCCUGUGCGUUCACGUGCACUGUGAGACCUCAUAGUAAUUUUUGUGAAUACGGGCGUAAGACAAGAUGUAUCAAUGAUCGACAUCGCAUCGUAACAACAACACUCAACUUGCCGUCUUGCUUCGCUGCCCGAGCCACCACCUUCCGCAUAGAAAUUAUACUUAGCCCAAUAAUUACUAUGGACACAGACCAGUAAGUCUGCAUUCUUAGAACCCUUUAUAGCCGCUCGUUGAUGAUACGCAGAUGUACGAUGAGUUACAAUCUUUCGGAUGCCCACCCGUGCUUACAUUCACUGAUUUCACUGCGUCCAGUAUACAUUGAAAAACCUGAUGCAUAACUGCCCGUUACUAAAUACACCCACUAUGACCGUCUACGCGUCUGUCCGACGCAGUCAUUAUAAGUUGAACUUGAAACGUCAGUUGGAAAUGUCUUACAAGCUCAAAAAAGCUUCGCAAACGCAAUGAAAUGGUAACCUGAAUAUAUGAAAUAAGACAAUGAAUCGAUGGCAUUUGUUCGUUAAAUAACGACCUCCUAAAUGAAACAAAUAUUUUAAAUAUAUCGAUAUGUUAAUUAAUGAAUUCCAGUAGUGUAAGUUUAUUAUUAGUACUUUGUGAGAAAAGAAAAAGUCCAGAAAGACGAUGGAAGAACUCUGCCAGAUAUUCUGUUCAGAUAGGCAAAAUAAAAAUUUACAAAGCAACUUCCAUCGUCUAUUUAUGUCUUAGAAAUAAAUUAGAAGUCAUGUACUAAACUGUUAUAAGAAUGAACGUGUCAUAUUAUGUGCAGUGCUAUCUCCAAUGAAAGUGUGAGAAUGUUGAAGUUUACAAUAAUUUUAAGCUAUGUAUUCGAAGAUACUGACAUUAAUGUUGAUUAGUUAUGACGUGUAAAUACAAUACAUACAAUUUUAUGUAUACUGCUGUUUUUUAUGUGAAUAAUUCCUGGCCAAACUGAAUUGAUUUUUAACGCAACAUUUUGGUCAUUUUUGUGACGAAGCUAUGCCUAGCUAGCCGAUAUGUCGUCUUGAAUCUUCCCUGUGUGGGAAGACUUCCAGUCGAGACGAUUCUUAUGGCUCUGUUAUAGGCUUGACUGAAAUACUAAAAUACGUGUCUAUCUGACUUAGGCGGUUAUCACACUGCGCCGCGCUCCGCCGCGGAGCGCGGGGCGACAGAUUUAAUCAUUGUAUGCAAGUACCUCAGUUUGUAUAGAAAACACGCGCGGCACUUCACACUGACAACGCGUCCGCGCGCGUUAUUUUUUA